AUGCCUCUCCCUAGACGACGCGGAAAUAAAGUUAAGGGUGUUCAGUUCACCAUCAUGGUGGUCGGUGCAUCCGGAAACGGACGAACGACCUUUGUGAACACUCUCUGCGAGUCGGAAGUCCUGGCGCACAAGGACCAACCCAGCCCUGAGGAGGCCCAUGCGGAAGAAAAUGUCAGAAUUAAGCCUGUUGGCGUUGAACUCGAAGAGGAUAGCAUCCGCAUUGCCCUUACCAUCGUCGACACUCCUGGCUUUGGCGACAAUAUUGACAACGAAUUUGCCUUCCAAGAAAUUGUUAACUACCUGGAGCGCCAAUAUGAUGACAUUCUCGCCGAGCAGUCUCGCAUCAAGCGUAACCCCCGCUUCAAGGACAACCGCGUCCACGCUUGCUUAUACUUCAUCUCUCCGACUGGCCAUGCACUGAGGGAAAUGGAUAUUGAGCUGAUGCGCCGUCUUUCACCUCGCGUCAAUGUUAUCCCUGUCAUUGGCCGCGCCGACUCGCUCACCGCCAGCGAGCUGCGUGCCUUCAAAAAGCGCGUGAUGGAGGACAUUGAACACUACGGGAUUACCAUCUAUGACUUCCCCUACGACGUUGAAGAAGACGACGAGGAUACUAUCUCCGAGAAUAUGGAGCUCAGGGCUCUCCUGCCGUUUGCUGUCAUCGGUUCUGAAGAGGAAAUCGACGUUCAGGGCGAGCCUGUCCGCGCCCGCAUCUACCCAUGGGGUAUCGCCGAAGUUGACAACCCAAAGCACUCUGACUUCAACCGUCUUCGUGGCGCAAUUCUUAGCUCUCACCUUAACGACCUAAAAAUGCUCACCGAGGAUGUCCUCUACGAGACUUAUCGUACCGAGAAGCUCUCUCGUAGUGUGCACUCGGAUAUUCGGGACUCUACCAUUCUUCCCGAGGAGCUCGCAAACCAGAGCGUCCGUCUCAAAGAAGAGCAGCUCCGCCGCGACGAAGAGAAGCUGCGCGAAAUCGAGCUGCGUGUCCAGCGCGAAAUCAACGAGAAAAGACAGGAACUCCUGGCAAAAGAAGAGUCGCUCCGAAACCUGGAAAGCCGUCUCACUGCCCAAGGCCUUGGUACGGAGGGCAGCUACUAA